AAAGGAUUGAUCUUUCUUCUAAGUGAAGAGUUUAGGAUUAUAUAACUUCGUCUUCUUCGAGUGAAUUUUGAGAUGGAGCAAGAGAAAAGCUUGGAUCCACAACUAUGGCAUGCUUGUGCUGGAUCAAUGGUUCAAAUCCCUUCAGUGAAUUCAACGGUUUUUUACUUCGCUCAAGGCCACACAGAGCAUGCUCACGCGCCUCCUGAUUUCCACGCGCCGCGCGUUCCACCGCUUAUCCUCUGUCGUGUCGUCUCUGUGAAGUUCCUCGCCGACGCUGAAACAGACGAAGUUUUCGCUAAAAUUACGCUUUUGCCACUACCGGGAAACGACUUGGAUCUAGAGAACGACGCCGUUUUGGGUAUGACUCCUCCUUCUGCUGACGUUAACGUUAACGGUAACGGUAACGAGAAACCGGCGUCUUUUGCUAAAACGUUAACGCAGUCUGACGCUAAUAACGGCGGUGGUUUCUCUGUUCCUCGUUAUUGCGCUGAGACGAUUUUCCCGCGGCUUGAUUACACGGCGGAGCCACCGGUACAAACUGUGAUUGCUAAAGAUAUUCACGGCGAGACUUGGAAAUUCCGGCAUAUUUACAGAGGAACGCCUCGCCGUCAUCUCUUAACCACCGGUUGGAGCACUUUCGUUAACCAGAAGAAACUAAUCGCCGGAGACUCAAUCGUUUUCCUCCGUUCUGAAUCCGGUGACCUCUGCGUCGGAAUCCGUCGCGCUAAACGCGGUGGUCUCGGAUCUACCGGGUUAGGAUCCGACAAUCCUUACCCUGGAUUCUCCGGUUUCCUCCGUGACGAUGAAACAUCAACAACAUCGAAGCUGAUGAUGAUGAAACGCAACGGAAACGACGGAAACGCGGCGGCUGGAGGGAGGGUUAGAGUGGAAGCAGUGGCGGAAGCGGUGGCGCGUGCAGCGUGUGGACAAGCGUUUGAGGUUGUUUACUAUCCACGCGCUAGUACACCGGAGUUUUGCGUUAAAGCAGCUGAUGUGAGAUCAGCAAUGAGGAUUAGAUGGUGUAGUGGUAUGCGUUUUAAAAUGGCGUUUGAAACAGAGGAUUCUUCAAGAAUCAGUUGGUUUAUGGGUACUGUCUCCGCCGUUCAAGUCGCUGAUCCAAUUCGUUGGCCUAAUUCACCAUGGCGUCUCCUUCAGGUAGCGUGGGACGAACCGGAUUUGUUGCAAAAUGUUAAGCGGGUUAGUCCGUGGUUAGUCGAAUUGGUAUCGAACAUGCCUGCAAUACAUUUAUCUCCUUUCUCUCCAAGGAAGAAGAUUCGGAUACCGCAGCCUUUUGAAUUCCCAUUCGACGGUACCAAAUUCCCGAUUUUCUCCCCGGGAUUCGCCAGCAAUGGCGGUGGCGAAUCCAUGUGUUAUCUGUCAAACGACAACAAUAAUGCUCCUGCAGGGAUACAGGGAGCCAGGCAAGCUCAACAACUCUUCGGAUCACCGUCUCCGUCUUUGUUGUCUGAUCUCAAUCUUAGUAGUUACUCCGGUAACAAGUUACAAUCUCCGGCGAUGUUUCUAUCCGGUUUUAACCCGAGGCAUCAUUACGAUAAUAUUGUGUCUCGUCAGGCUAGGGAUGCAGAGAAUAGUAAUAACAUUUCGUGCUCUUUAACGAUGGGGAAUCCUGCUAUGGUUCAGGACAAGAAGAAGUCUGGUGGUUCGGUUAAGACUCAUCAGUUCUUGUUGUUCGGUCAACCUAUUUUAACCGAACAGCAAGUCAUGAACCGAAAACGGUCUUUGGAAGAAGAGGCGGAAGCGCAGGAGGAGAAAGGUUCAGCUGCUCGUGGGUUAACAUGGAAUUACGGUUUUCAGGGACUUGAAACUGGUCAUUGCAAAGUUUUCAUGGAAUCUGAGGAUGUUGGACGCACACUCGAUCUCUCGGUUAUUGGCUCGUACCAAGAAUUGUACCGGAAAUUGGCCGAGAUGUUUCAUAUAGAAGAGAGGUCGGAUUUGUUGACUCAUGUUGUGUACCGGGACGCAAAUGGUGUUAUCAAACGUAUUGGAGACGAACCUUUCAGUGAUUUCAUGAAAUCAACAAAGCGGCUAACAAUCAAGAUGGAUAUUGGUGGCGACAACGUGAGAAAGACGUGGAUAACCGGAAUCAGGACUGGUGAAAAUGGUAUAGACGCUUCUACAAAGACCGGUCCGCUCAGCAUCUUCGCUUGAAGCAUUGAAGAAUAAGCAGUGGCCUUUGUUUUGAACCUAAUUUUAUUUCCUGUCUUUUUUUCAUAUUUUAAAUCCGUUUUGUUGGUCUUUUGUGUGUAACAGACUAUUCCCAAGUUUUAAGAAAUUCCUCUAAUUGGU